GCUUUUUCCACGGAUUGCGCGUCCAGUCGCUGGUAUUUGCCGUUGUCAUUGAUAAUUCAUGGGCUCGCACUCAACAUCGUUCGUGGUGGGUAACGAGCUACUUGAAAAAUUCGUGUAAUGAUAUCUAUUGCUAAACAAAUAAAUGUCGCGGUCUACGGUGGCAGCGAGGCCUGUCGUUACAAGAAGGUGUUAUGGAAAGAAGUACGAGUCGGCGACCUGAUCCAUCUCUCCAAUAACGAGGUGGUGCCCGCGGACAUUUUGUUGUUGAAAAGCAGCGAUCCUAGCGGCUGCUGUUACAUAGACACCGGACAUUUGGACGGAGAGACCAAUUUGAAGCAGCGGCAGGUUGCUAGGGGUUUUGUCGAGAAGCAAAGGAUAUUCGAACCGAGCAAGUUCCGAAGCACCAUAGAAGUGGAAGCGCCGACGACGAAGAUCUACAGGUUUCACGGGGCCAUAGUUCAUCCCUCGGGCGGUAGGGUGCCUGUUGGGACAGAUAACUUACUUUUAAGGGAAUGCCUCCUCAAAAACACUGACUACGUGGAGGGUAUCGUCGUCUAUGCUGGUCACGAAACCAAGGCGAUGCUGAACAACGGCGGACCUCGUUACAAGAGGUCAUCUUUAGAAAAACAGAUGAACCAGGACGUGAUCUGGUGCGUGUUCAUCUUGAUUUUUCUGUGCGUCAUCGGGGCGAUAGGGUGCAAAUUGUGGCUGGGCCACUACAAAGAUUUAGCGCCCCCUUUCAAGGAAAACGAUGACACCACGGAGGCUUUCCUGGCCUUCUGGACGUUCAUUAUUAUCCUGCAGAUAAUGAUUCCUCUGUCGUUGUAUGUAACGUUGGAGAUGUGCAAGAUAAUCCAAGUAUACCAUAUCCACCAUAACGUUGAUCUCUACGAUUCUGCUGUGGACAAAAGGACUGAAUGUCGUGCCUUAAACAUUACCGAAGAAUUAGGACAGAUCCAGUACAUUUUUUCUGAUAAAACAGGUACCUUGACGGAGAACCGCAUGAUCUUCCGGCGGUGCGCGAUCGCCGGCGCCGACUACAACCAUCCUUUCCUGGAGAACGAGAGCAGCGCGUCCAACGGCGCCGUCGGACACCUCAGCGUCGCCGUAAACGACCAGUUGUUGAGCGACCUGCGGCGAGAGGCGGGCGGUUGCGAUCAGGGUUACUGCCUUAGCAGCGGUGGGGGUAUCGGAGUGGGCGGGGCUUGCAGAGGGCCAGCGCCUCCCACGCAUUCGGCGCGCAUUCAAGAGUUCCUGCUGCUGUUGGCCAUCUGCAAUACGGUCGUCUGCUCGCGGCAUCCGCAUGUCGAUCUCAUGAAUGCUAGUGGUAUUAUUGAACAACCUUCAAUGUUCGACAAAAGAGAGCAUUCCGGCGAUCAUACAUCAAGUUCAACGAGUCAAUCGUUGUCGAUGAACGAUAAGUACACUAGGCUAGAAGAAUCACGAUCUGUCACUCCCUCACCGCCAUUAAACACGUACCUGCUAGAUAAUAAACGAAAAGACUCUCCGACAAUGAACAACUACGCCACGCCCGACUCCCGCCAAAGGCAGCACGUGUCGGCCCUGUCGCCAAUCGACUCCGUCGAAUCCUCCCCCACUCAGGAGGCGGUGCCUUCAUCUGCCACGCCUACGACAACGUCGACGCCGAUCGCCGCCCAAGCCGCGUCCAAGGGGCAACGCCCGAAGCUGCUCAACAUCCCGUAUUUCCUCAAGAAGGGCAACAACCUGACGGACGAACAGAAAGCGAAGCUGAGACAGCAGAUGCAGCAGAGCACUGGUGCUGCGGUCCCCGGGACACCGUCGUCGUACGAACUGAAGCCGAUCUUCGAAGCUGAGAGUCCGGAUGAGCUGGCGCUGGUCGAUGCCGCUUAUAAUUAUGGAUGCAGGUUAUUGAGGAGGACACCGACUUCAGUAACAGUAGAAACGCCAGACGAAGGAAGACUGAACUACGAAAUUCUAAAUGUUUUGCCUUUCGAUUCGACCAGAAAAAGGAUGAGCAUCAUCGUUCGGCAUCCUCAUACGAAACAAAUCAUUUUAUAUUGCAAAGGUGCCGAUUCGACGAUGCUACCCCAACUAACCCCCGUAGAAGAUGACUCAGAACAGAAGGUGAUCAUAUCAAAAACGCAACAGCACCUGAACCAAUACGCGCGGGAGGGGCUGAGAGUACUCGUGAUGGCCAAACGUGUGCUCACGCAACAUCAGUACGACGAGUGGAUCAGAAGACAUCGGGAGGCGGAAAUGUCCUUGGAGAAUUUGGAAAGGAGGGUCAGAGAUAGUUAUUCCAGUAUAGAGGCUAACCUCACGCUUUUAGGAGCUACAGGUAUCGAGGACCGUCUUCAAGAGGGCGUUCCAGAGACCCUGUCCUCUUUAAUCUCGGCCGGCAUUGUAGUCUGGGUGUUGACAGGCGACAAGCCUGAAACAGCUAUAAACAUAGCCUACUCCGCGAAGCUGUUUUCGCCUCAGAUGGAACUGUUGAAGCUGAUGGCCAGGUCGAAAGAAGCUGCCGAGAACACGAUACGCUGCUACUUGGCAGAGAUCGAGAGGUCUAUGGGCGAGGCCAGUGCUAGCGGAGAUAAUAGGAUAAGACCGUCAACAAGUACAAACGACAUCUACGAUUAUUCGCAGAAAAAAAAUAAAACUAGAGCAUUGGCUGUGGAUGGGAAGACGUUGACUUUUAUACUGGACAGAAGGUCGAAUCUAACUAAACCUUUUCUCAGGCUGACCACGUAUUGUAACUCUGUGCUGUGCUGUAGAGCUACGCCGCUGCAAAAAGCUUACAUUGUUAGGGUAGUCAAAGAGGAGCUGAAGAUGCGUACGUUGGCGAUCGGCGACGGCGCCAACGACGUGUCCAUGAUCCAAACGGCGGACGUCGGCAUCGGCAUUUCCGGUCAAGAAGGCAUGCAGGCUGUCAUGGCCGCGGAUUUCGCGCUGUCCCGAUUCAAGUACCUGGAACGGUUCCUGCUUGUCCACGGACAUUGGAGCUACGACCGGCUCUCCAGGAUGGUGCUGUAUUUCUUCUACAAGAACGCUGCUUUCGUUUUCCUGUGUUUCUGGUACCAAAUGUACUGCGGCUUCUCAGGCACUGUCAUGAUCGACCAGAUGUAUCUCAUGCUGUACAAUCUCCUAUUCACUUCACUGCCUCCAUUAGCUAUAGGUGUAUACGACCAAGAUGCCCCGUACGAAGUGCUCCUGGAACGUCCGUGGCUGUACCGACGCGGACGCGUAGGCCGCGUCUACCGCCCCUACUCCUUCUGGAUCACGAUGCUGGACGCGCUCUACCAGAGCACCUGCAUCUUCUUCCUUUGCCAGCGGGUGUACAACGACACCGACGUAGGAGUGUUCGAGUUCGGGACGGUAGCGACGACCGCGUGCAUGUUCGUCAUGCUGAUGCACGCCUCCAUCGAGAUGCGAUCUUGGACGGUGCUCCACGUAGCUUCGAUAGUACUCUCCAUAGGUGCAUUCUACGUGUACUCUCUGAUAUACAAUACGUACUGCGUGCAUUGCUUCGGUCUACCCAGCACGUACUGGACGAUACAAAUCGCCAUGUCCAGGCCUAUCUAUUGGCUGGUCACGUUCCUAUCGUGCGUCGUAGCAAUACUGCCUAGGUUAGUGUACAGGGUGACCCAAACGAUGCUGUGUCCGGACGAAGUAACGAGGGCGCUAGUGUCGCAUAAGCGGGCCGCCAGCAGAGGUGAGAAGUUUUUGGUAUCUUGGUCUCGGUCCACGUCAGCGUCGUCUAUAUACAGGUAUACACACAGGUGCGACAGAGACAGUCAGCGAACCACCGAUCACAGGCCUCAGCAUAACCCUUUGACAACGAUCGGUUGAGGCCACCGCGAGAUGGCGUUGUCGUCGCUUCUCUGAUGAGGAACACAUAUUGCUUGCAUUUCCAAUGGCUGUGAUCCAUAAUUUAAGGGACCAAGUUCGUUUCUCGUUAUAGGUUAUUUUUUUAUUUAUUGGAAUUCGUUUGUCUCUUUUUUUUAAGAAUCGACGACUGCACUGGUGUUGUCGACGCGAUGAUCCUCGUACAGUCUAUUUUUUUAUCGUUAAUGUAGCCGAAUUUAUGGAGGUGAAAUCAUGGUGGUUUUUGGAGUAGCGUCGUACGAAUAAGGAACUGUUUAAUAGCAGAAUUUGCUUUUUCGGACAUAUCUUGUCUUAGUUUAUUGAAUAGUGUACAGAAUUUUUUGAUACGAAUGUGCAAUAUCUGAAAUAUCUUGCGAUUUUAAUAUUGCUCUUCAAAAACCAUCCUGUAUUUGAAGCCUAGUUUAUUACUAAGCUUAGUUCUUUUUAUUUAUACUUUUUCCCACUGUUAUUCGUAGUUAUUAGUGUAUUAUUUUCUAGAAAUUCCUAUUGUUAGCUGUUCAUAUUUUGUGCCAUUUUACUUUUUUAUUGAUUAAUUUAUAGUUGGAAUCAAAUUGAUGAAAAGUGUACUUAUUUACUUUGCAUACCGUUUAAAAUAUACACAAUAAAACAAAAUCAUCUACUGGUUAUUCAGGGGUAAAAUCACCGAGGAAAAGAAAAAAAUGGAGUUAGUUUUUUUUAAUUCCAGAAACCAGAUCAUAAGGUUCGUUUUCGAGAAAUCACUCUUGCUUUUUUUAGCUUUUCUUGACUCUAAACCAAUUUUUUUGUAAUUCCAUUGGCUCCACGUAGCUAAACAACAAAUGAUUUUGCAUAUCAUGAAUGUCAAAUUAUAGAAUGAAAUGAUUGUGCUCGUAUUUUUUGUUUCUGAAAUCACACUUGCCAGAUAGCACAAACGUUUCACGUCUAUUUAAUUUGAUCUUUAUUUUGAAUAGUCCAUGACUGUGAACGUUUUUGUAUAUUUUAGAACGAGGUACGUCAGUCAAUUCCUGGAUACCGUGUAAUAAUGCCUUAAGGAUGAAUAUGUAAACCUUACUUCUAACAGACUGUGUGAUGUAAUAUAAAGAUGUUGAUUUUAUAGAGAACUCUAAACGAAUUGUUAAUUCUAGUUAAUUUUAGACUACCUUUCUAAAUAUAUUUAUGUACCUAAUGAUAUAUGGUAUAUCAGUAUUAAACCAUCGAUUCUAA